UGUCCCACAGCUGACCAGGAACACUGGUCCCUGAUGGUUCCAGAUAGGCUGGGUUCUGAAGGACCUGCUGUUGGACUCGUUCAGACCUGAAGAACACAGGAAGGUUCCUGGUGUCGUGAGAAGCAGAAACUUUACAGUCCUGUAAAUCUGUGUAAACAGGAGGACGUGGUCAGGUUCUGUGGGAAAGAAAAUAAUUACUGUUGUUGUAAAUGCUGAAGGAAACACAAACACACCUGUGAGGACAUAAAAGCUGCUGCAGAUGGAUCACUGCUGGUCCUGCAGAACCUGGAAGCUUUGGUUCCUUCAGCACGCUGACCUCUGACCUGGCAGGAGUUAUGGACAUGGAUCAGAACUCAGUGGGUUCUGCUGAUGUUCUCCCAUCUGCUCCUCGUCCUCCACAUGAGAAGAACUUGAAGGAGGCUUCUGAUGCUCUGAGCUCUGCUGCCUGCAGCCCAGCAGGGAACCAUCAGGUCCACGAUGAGCAGAGGAUGGAAGGUCAGCGAUUGGACAACAAUCACCUGGUGAGGCGGAGCUACAAUGUAUCCAAAGAUGAGCUGAAUGGACCGACAAACAUGCAGCAACAGCGAGCACAGCACUCGUCUCAAGACGUGUUCGUGGAGCUGCAGGAGCUGCUGACUGACAGGAACCAGGAGGUCCAGUGGAGGGAGACGGCCCACUGGAUCCAGUCUGAGGACCAGGACAGCCGGACCAGGUCUCACAUGGCUUCUCUGUCCUUCUGCUCCCUGCUGGAGCUCCGAAAAACCAUCUGCCAUGUCAUGUCAGUGAUCAGAAGGAUCUCAGCUGGUCCAGUGGGAAUGUCUCUGUAGUCCACAUGGUGUCCCUGAUGGACAGAGGCAACGGCCAAUCAGAGCUGUCCAGCAGCCUGACCAAUCAGAGCGAGGCUGAGGAAGAAAGGAUACAGAGGGACGUCCCAGGCCAGGGACAGACCAGGUCCAAACACCAAGUGAAGCUGAUGCAGAAGGUCCCGGGGUCAGCUGAGGCCACCAUCGUUCUUGUUGGCAGCGUAGGGUUCCUCGACCAGCCCUGCUCAGCGUUUGUGCGUCUGCAGAAGGCAGUCCUGUUGGAGUCCGUCACAGAGGUUCUCAUCCCCGUCCGGUUCCUGUUCCUCCUGCUUGGUCCUCCCACGGCCAGCGAUUACCAGCAGAUAGGACGGUCCAUGUCCACCCUUAUGUUGGACCAGCACUUCCGUGAGGCAGCUUACAAAGCAGAGGACCGUCAGGACCUGCUGACAGCCAUAAACCGGUUCCUGGACUGCAGCGUGGUCCUCCCACCCUCUGAAGUCAGUGGUGAUGAUUGGCUUCACUCAGUCACUCACUUUCAAAAAGAAACUCCUGAAAAAGAGGAGAAGCAGAACAAGAACCAACGAAGUGUCCAGCAGGAUGAAGAUUCUCUGGUUCCUUUAAAGUCCAACAGUGAUCCUCUGAAGCGUUCGGGUCGUCUGUUUGGAGGUCUGAUUAAAGACGCGACCCACCGCUACCCACAGUACGUCAGUGACAUCCGAGAUGCUCUAAACCCUCAGUGCAUGGCUGCUGUCAUCUUCAUCUACUUUGCUGCUCUGUCUCCUGCCAUCACCUUUGGUGGACUGCUGGGAGAGAAGACAGAGGGUCUGAUUGGUGUGUCUGAGCUGAUAGUUGCCACGGCCAUGCAGGGGAUAGUGUUCAGCGUACUGGGAGCCCAACCUCUGCUGGUGAUCGGCUUCUCUGGACCCCUGCUGGUCUUUGAAGAAGCCUUCUUUACUUUCUGUAAAGACAAUGGGAUCGAGUACCUGACGGGUCGGGUUUGGAUCGGCUUCUGGCUGGUGCUCCUUGCCAUCAUCACUGUGGCUUUGGAAGGAAGCAUUCUGGUUCGUUUUGUUUCACGCUUUACUCAGGAAAUCUUCUCCUUCCUCAUCUCCCUCAUCUUCAUCUACGAGACCUUUGCCAAACUAGUCAAGAUCUUUAAGGAGCAUCCGCUGCAAAACUAUUCCCAUGGAAACGACACAGGGUCUUCGUCCUCGUCCAACAUCACCAGCGUCUCUGCCCGUCCUGGACAGCUUGUUGGAGAACCCAACACGGCACUGCUGUCCUUGGUCCUCAUGGCAGGAACAUAUUUCAUCGCUUUCUACCUGAGGAUGUUCAAAAACAGUUCUUUUUUCCCAGGAAGGAUCCGGAGGAUCAUCGGAGACUUUGGUGUUCCCAUUGCGAUCCUCAUCAUGGUUUUGGUGGACUACAGUGCAGAGGAUACCUACACCCAGAAACUCAACGUGCCCAGUGGAUUCUCGGUGUCCAGUCCAGACAAGCGGGGAUGGCUGAUUUCUCCUCUGGGUUUUGAUGGACAGUUCCCGGUUUGGAUGAUGGGUGCCAGCAUCCUCCCAGCCAUCCUGGUCUUCAUCCUCAUCUUCAUGGAGUCCCAGAUCACAGCGCUCAUCGUCAGUAAGAAGGAGAGGAUGCUGCAGAAGGGGACCGGCUUCCACCUGGACCUGCUGAUCAUUGUGGUGGUGGGCGGAGUCUCGGCGCUGUUUGGGUUGCCAUGGUUAUCGGCAGCCACAGUGCGGUCCGUCACGCACACCAACGCUCUGACUGUGAUGAGCAAAGCUGCUGCUCCAGGCGACAAGCCUCACAUCCAGGAGGUCAAGGAGCAGAGGGUGACUGGGUUUCUGGUGGCACUUUUAGUGGGUCUGUCCAUUGUGAUCGGACCGGUUCUGCGUCAGAUCCCUCUGGCGGUCCUGUUCGGGAUCUUCCUCUACAUGGGUGUGAUGUCCCUGAACGGGAUCCAGCUCACGGACCGCCUCAUCCUGCUGCUGAUGCCUCCCAAGUACCACCCGGACCACAACUACAUCCGUAAGGUGAGGACGUUCAGGAUGCACCUGUUCACGCUGGUCCAGCUGGCGUGUCUGUCUCUGCUGUGGGUGGUCAUGGCCACAGCGGCGGCGCUGGCGUUCCCCUUCAUGCUGCUGCUGACCAUCCCGCUGAGGAUGGUCCUGUUGCCCCGCCUCUUCAGCCGCCGGGAGCUGCAGAGUCUGGAUGCUGAUGAUGUGGAGCCUCACCUGGAGGAGAAGGAGGGGCAGGACGAGUACUCUCAGCUGCAGAUGCCCCUCUGAGCUGUGAUUGGUCGGUUCCUGCAGAGGAACUCACCUGUGUCCAGGAAGCUGAAAGGUUUUCUGUAAAGAUGAGGAGGAGUCUGAGUGUCAGUAAAAACCUCUGAAACCUGAA